AGGAUGGAUUCAUUCAUAAGAGAAAAGAUCUGCUACUGUGCAGCGUAUUCCGCUCUAACGUCCCCCGGCAUUGCUCGAGCGGACUUCAUGGAUCUAUAGCCUAAACAAUCGCACAGUUGAAGGCGGAAUAAAGGACAGCGCACCGCGGAUUCAAAGUAAACCGAGAGCACUUCGGAACCGAUUCAUUUGGGACUCUUUCCCCCUUCGACGAGGGGAACUGGAUUAAGCUUCUUCAUGCAACUUUUUUGGAAAGACACCAAGAGCAUCUCAUCGGGGAAUUGUAAAAACAUCAGCAACGGUGACAUCGCGCUCUCUCUGCUUACUGAAGGUGUCACAUUCCCUCUCGGUCCCUCCGGGGAGAUGUACCAAGGAUUCCCCGGCGACCUAGACAGCGGUUCCCGUGGAAGCUCCUCUCCAUCCAUAGAGUCCCAGUACUUUUCCUCCGUGGACUCCUUCGGAAGCCCGCCGACCACAAGUGCUCCGCAGGAGUGUGUGUCAGCGGGAGCCGGGUUGAGCCUUGUGGGUAGCGGGCCAGGGACCAGUGCCGGCGCAGAGAUGCCCGGUUCCUUUGUGCCCACCGUCACCGCCAUCACCACCAGUCAGGAUCUGCAGUGGAUGGUACAGCCGACCCUCGUCGCCUCCCAGGCCUCUGGGCAGGGUGGGUCCACUGGGACAACGACCAUGACCCAGUCAAUGUCGUUGGUCGACCCAUACGACAUGCCAGGCCCCAGUUACUCCUCAGGGUCUACAUUCACCUCCCCAAGUUCAGAAAAUCCGGGCCCCGCCCCGGGCCCGAUCCGCCACUCCAGAACCCGCAGUCGCCGUACACGAGACGAGUCUGUGAGUGACGAAGGGGAUGUUGGUGUGUUACUCACGCCAGAGGAGGAGGAGAAGAGGCGUGUUCGGAGAGAGAGAAACAAGUUGGCUGCCGCCAAAUGUAGAAACCGACGACGAGAACUGACUGACAGGCUGCAGUCGGAAACGGACGUACUGGAAGAGGAGAAGGCAGAGCUGGAGGCCGAGAUAUCUGAGCUGCAGAAGGAGAAGGAGCGUCUGGAGUUUGUCCUGGUGGCCCAUCAGCCAAACUGCAAGAUCGCCUACCAGGAGCAACCUCAGCACAGCGCGGCGCAGCUCCCCCUCCAGACCUUGCCACCUGCUGUCUCCAUUGUGGGCUUGUCUGUGAAGGAAGACUCUUUCUAUCUGCCUCCUGCCUACUCAGCCCAUCCGGCCUCCACACACUCCCAGCCUCUGGUUCAGCAGCCAGUCCAGCAGCAACCUCAGCCAGGGAUAAUGCAGGAGGUAGAGUUUUCUAGUUCUUUCUAUGGCUCAAGUGAGCCGGCGCCAGGCGGGCCGUGCCACAUGACCAGCGACAGUGGUGGUGGUGGUGUUAACCGUGACGACGCGGCCAUUGGCAGCUACAACGCCUCAUACACAUCUUCAUUUGUGUUCACCUACCCAGAGGGAGCCUGCGGGGUCAGUGCCAACCAGCGGAACAGCAGUAGCGAGCAGUCCUCUGAUUCCCUGAACUCGCCUUCGCUGCUGGCGCUCUGACUGACCGAUAGACACACGCACACACAUAUCAACAAGCACAUGCAUUAGUGUCAUCGGAAGUAGAGGCCCGGGGCGAGUACGUGCAGAGUACCAAUCCGUUUGGGAGAAGAGAAGCAAUCUGUGUUUUCAGAUUGGGUUAACGUUUGCACAUUCAUGCAUUCCAUUUAAGAGCCAUACAAAUAGUUACAUUAGCUCUGGCCUUUGACAACGAUAUAUAUGAACCAUUCCUUGUUCUGUAUUAUCAGAAUACCUGCACUAAACUACAAGAUUAGUUACAAAAUCAUGUCUAAGUUGCAAAUCUCGAGUGCUCUGAGUUAAAAGGUGAAUUCCAAAUGAAUAUUCUCAAUCUUCAACUUAACAGUACAUCGAGAAAGAGACCACAAGCCAGCGUUACACUCCAACAAGCACCAGUGCCCCAACCGUGUUCCCUCUGUUGGUUGAAUUUUCCAGUGCUCAGGCUCUCAUCCUUUUCCAUCCUUUUCUCGCAUCUUUGGCUCACUGAAUGUAUUUGUGCAAGUCAGAAAGGCCACUUUGUUCCGGUCUUUUCUUUUGGGAUAACGUCUGCCAAUUCCUCGCUCAUCUCUAACCUUUCAUCUGCUCGACUUCCCUCUGCUUCUACAUUUUGCUGCUUGGACUUGGCAAGUCGGGGCGUCUGAGUAUCUGAGAAUCUUCUGCUUUGUUCUCACACUUUUUUAAACUUUUGUAUUAAUCUGCCAAACUGCCAUGCGACCCAUCUCUGCCCAUCUGUUUCUCCUAUUCUGUCCCUGUGUUUCUCCUUCUCUCUGAAGUCUUUGACCCCUGAGAGCCCGAAGACCCCCUCCAGCCCUUGGGAACGUGAAUGACGGCCCCAACUAACACGCCCUUUUGCACCCUCUCAUACGAGGACGUGGACACAGCCCUCAUAAGGAAGACCCUUUUCUUGGAGCGCAUUGCUCAAAGCGGAUCCUUAGUGAACAGCGGCUACACAUACGCACAUAUACGAAUAAUUGAUGUAUGCAAAAGGCAAGACGGACGCCACCGUCUUCUGCUGAGCCAUUUUUAGGAGUUCACGCAAUGAAAAUGAGACACGUCUUGUGUUGUGAGGGCCGGUUUAAAGUGAGGAUGAAAGAGGUUUGGCAGGCAGGGAGGUAAGAAGGCCACCUAGGCCGGACGGACUCAAAUAGAGAGGUGAUGGAUGACUCCCCAUCGUAACAAUCCAUUUUUGGAAGAAAAUGUUGUUUUUAUGUAGAAAAGAAAAGUUGUCUCUUGCCAACUGCAUGGAAAUAUGGCCUCAGUUAAAAAAAAAAACUUCAGUACCACAGAGCCUCAUCAUCCGGGCGCCUAGAUGCGUACAUUCACACCAUCGCUUUCAAGUCUCUGAACUGGAGAUGGGCGUUGUGUUGCAGCACACCAGCUCUGUGUUUUCUGAAACAUCAGAUGUGAACCGAUGCCUUUAUUUAGAGCAGGGACCUUUUCAUAGAGAUUACAUAAGACAACCUCUAAAAAUGUGGGCUCAGUGGUGUCUGUACCUCCCCUGUUCCCUAAGCGGACACCAGGUGGGGGUGCGUUUAUUGUGCGUCCACUCUGAGGCCCCUGGCCCAUUUAUUUCUUUUUUUAUUGAGGUUGAUGUGUCGACCUGUAAACAAAAGGGGAGGACCCGUGUGGUGGAGUGAGCGUCCUUUUCUUUGCCUGUGAAUUUGUACAAUUUGUUUUCAGUAUGUUUGAGUGAGAAUUGUUGUAUAUUUUAAUGUUUAUGUUUGUUUGUGCGCGUGAUUGUUUUGCAUUGACCUCUGCUUUCAUUUAUAUUGUUGCCAUUUCUUGUUUUGUUUUUGUUUGUUUUUUAAAUCUGGUGAUUUUCUCAUUACUGUUACAAUAAGUUGCAUCGUGACUAUCGGUUCAUUAUAUUGUUGUAUUUUUAUUUGGCAACUUUGGGGGCAUGUUGUGCACUACAAAAAAAAAUCUAACUAUAAAUCUAUAUGCACAUGUAUACAGGUAACAUGUAUAUAUAAGUGUACGUACCAUGAUUGUAAAAUAUGAAUGUCUGCAGAUCUAAAUGGAAUAUUUUUGUCAAUGAAGAACAAAAUAACUCUCUUACUGAGGUUUAGUUUUAAAAUAAAUAUUUUUCUAAAAGAGCACAAAAAACUAUAAUAGAUUUAAAGUACCGCCCUGUCCCAUUAAGCAUGAUGUCACUGCCUCUAUCAAGGUGUAUUUAUGUUUUAUAAACAAUAUAAAGCACUAUCCAAGUUAAAUGUAUGUUUAUAACUACGAUGUAAGAAGGUUCUGGAAAAGCCUUUUUGUGUUUUUGUCUGUGAGGUCUGUCCCAAAGCUACUGACACCUUGAUGCCACUUGACCCUUGGAAAAUGCAAAAUGAGGGGUAAAAAAUAGUGUGGUUGAAUGACAAUAAAAAUAUUAAAAGUGUUCAGGAUAAAACUUAAUGGCCUAACUGUUUGAUUAAGUAUUCAUUUCUGUCCAAUAUAAAAAUAUCACUCGAUAAAAUUGUUAUUUCCUAAGUGAAACAUAUUUUAAAGGAUAUGAACAUUUUCAUGUUGCUCCGUUCUAGUACUCAAACAACUAUUUUGUCUUAUUGAGAUUAUCAACUAUUGUAUUAUGUUUGCUGAAUAAGAAGCUUUAUUUUGCAUGAAUAAACAUGUUUAUUUUAAAACAGUGGCUAAAUUAAUGGUUUAAACGUGGCUCUCGGUGGUCAGACAAUGGGCAGACCUCAUUUUUAAGAAUGUUGAAUAAGAACUGUGUUUGUAUAUAUGUCGGAGAGCCUUUUGCUUUCUCUCCAAAUGCAAAUGUGAUGAGCUUAUGUUGUCGGAAUAAGCAUAAAACAUAUCCAAAAGUUCUCAUGUAUAUAGGUUAUCGUGGUGCUACUUAUAGUAUGAUGGCGAGGCCGUUUCACAUUGUAUGGCAGGUUGCACAAUACUGUUGCUCAGGCUCUAUACAAACGUUUGAUUCAGAAAGGCUGCCAAUAACACAGUGAAUUUGCAGCAACUGAAGCUCUGAGAGCCGAGUAAUGAUUCUGUGAUUUCAUUAUGCUUUAAUAUCAAUCGCCUGCUACAUCUUUAAGUGUGAUGAAUGGUGUUCAGAGGGCCCUUGCUCUGUAUGCCACACUUGUGCCCCAGGUCACCACACAACAUAUGAGACUCGUUCUCCCAUGUGACAUAAAAGAAUUCAAGAGAAAUAUUUAGCUGUAAUAAAGCAUAUGAACUGCAUACUGUCAUGUGUACUGUAGAAAGGCUAAUGUUAUCUUAACAGGAGCUUUGGUAUUUUCUCUAUGGAGGUUAAUGUUGAUACAGUAUGUAUUUCUAUCUUCCCAAAAGUCCCAUAUACACUCAAAUGUCCUAUUUGCCCUGGUAUGAAAUGCAAUACAUUAUCCUCUUGGAUAUGAUGCAGCCAAUCACGCAGUGCUCAAACUGACUGCUACUUUACGUCAAGUGUGAUGAUAUAUUGCUUUAACUAAAUCAAUAUUUGUUACAAUAUUAAAAGAUAUCCUGGAUAUUUGUGGGUUUGAUCAUUUGGAUUUGAUCUUCCUGAAGAAAUGGUGUUAAUAUAUCCAAAUAAAUAGUUUACAUUUAUCAAUUAUGUGUUGAAACACUAGCAAGGUUCAUCUAUUCUGAAAUGCCAAUGCAUAUUGUGUAAUCUAUUCUUUUGAUAAAUGUUUCUUCAUUGUAUUAUUUUUAUUUACUGUGUAUUUAUUUGUUUGGGAACAUUGUUAUUUUGUCACAUUUGGAAAAAGAAUGUGUUCUGUUAAAAGCCCAAGUAAACCUUUUUUUCUAAGUGACAUUUUCCAACUUAAAGACAUAAAUGAUUUAGGGCACACAGCUAAUCACAUAAUAAUGAAGGUGAUCUAAUAUACAAUUGUUUAUUUGUUUUUAUUCUGUGUCCAUAUUUCAGCUUCUGGCCCUUUUUGCUGUAUGAAAGUUUACAUUCCAAUAUUUUUUUUCAGUUUUUUUACUACAAAAGCUUGGUAAGCUGUCUCCUCUAAUGAUUUGACCAAAUGCAAUUCCUUUUAAAAUUGUCAAGGGAUUACAUAAAUAAACAACAUAAAUAAACAACACAUUAUGAGG